UAUAAGACGAAAUUUUUGUACAGCAGCUUCAGUUUCAAAAUUUUAGUCAAAAUGAAGGUUCUGAUUGUGCUGUUCGCUUUGGUGUGCGCUGCCUUAGCUAUGCCUCAAUAUCCCGGAGGUCCAGGAUCAGGAUUUGGUCGUCCAGGGGGUCAAGUAGGAUAUGGAAACCAAGGAGGGUAUGGUGGUCAAGGAGGAUUUGGAGGUCCACAAGGGUAUGGAGGUCAAGGAGGAUAUGGAGGUCCACAAGGAUAUGGAGGUCCCGGAGGUCCAGGAUUUGGCGGUCCAGGAUUUGGAGGUCCAGGAGAAUUUGGAGGUCACCACGGUCACCAUGAGCACCAUGGACACCAUCGUGGAUACUAA